UAAACGAUCAACCUUUGACAUCUUUUAUCUUGUUGAGAAAAAAGAAAACAAGUAGUGAAUUAUGCUUUGAGCUUAAUGCAGGAAGAGCAAUUGAUUUUUUUCUAUGAAAACUAACGGAAAAAUACAUUAUUAUUGAUAAAUAAAUAAUUUGAAUUUUACUAGAGGGGAUAUAUUAACAUAAUUUUAGCAAAAAUGGAUUAUUGUAACUAAUGUUCAAUUAUUAUGGCCGAAUAUUCAGACGACGCAAAGAUUGUAGACGAAAUGUGGAUCAAUGAUUAUGAGUCAUUCAGCACUGGAAUCAAAAGAAAUGCAAAUUUUACUAAGAUUUACUCAAUAGGUCGACAUACGUUAAUUGGUCAUUGGUACCGCAAUGAGGCUGAAGUUCAACGUCAUUAUUCAGCUACAUGGCUUUUACUACCGAUCGGAUCGAUAUUUAUAACAGCUGUAGUAGUUUUACUUAUGGUAUUGUUCAACCGAUGUUCUCAAAUAAUAACAGCUGUAGUCACAGGAAUUCUGGGAUCAAUUAUAUUAUUUAUAAUAUUUAUCCUAGUGGAUGAGAAGACUAUUUAUGCAUAGUUAUUUUCCACAUUUUAUUAUUAUUAAAAAACUUAUAUUUAUGUUAACAAUGAUAGUCAUUAUUUUCAUCAAUGGUCAAAUGGUAUAUUUAAAUAAGAAACUUGAUAUAAAUUAUUUAUAACUAAUUGCAGUUUUUUUUUUUUUUUUACAAGAAUAGUCAUGUUUAAUCCAAGUAAACAACAACAAUCACAUUUAUUCAAUUAUUGUUAAUUAAACUUACUGUUGCUGAUGUUGGAUUGAACUUUGUAUUGAACCAUAUUAUUAGAGACUCGUACAACUGUAUCAACAUAUAAGUCUAAUCUUUUCUUCAAUCGAUCAUAGCUCUGUAAAGUAAGAAUAAAUUUUAUUAAUUACAUGUA